UUGGAUUGUUUUCACAAAACGAAGGUUUUGGGACGUGUAGAAAAGUUUUCGAUAUAAAUAUUGGGCGACGCCAACGGAAAGGUAUCAUUGAUCACAGUGACUUCAGUGUAGACAUACAUACCCCUUUUCCAGUUUCAGCAUAAUGGCAUUCAAGUUCGUCGUAUUCCUGGCUUCGUUGGCCGUUGCCAGCGCUGGAUAUCUGGAAGCUCCAGUGUCGUAUGCUGCUCCCGUGGGUCACUACUCUCCAGCUUCGUCUGUGAGCUAUAGCACCAUCUCGCAGGCAGCUCCAGCCAAGACUGUGGCCUACGCUGCUCCGGCUACCUAUGCUCAUGCUGCUCCAGUUGCCACUUAUGCUCAUGCUGCACCAGUUGCCACCUAUGCCGCUCCAGUAGCCAAGGCCUACGCCUACUCUAGCCCAGCCGUCGGAGCCACCCACGAGAGCACCAUCCGCAGCCACGAUGCCACCAUCUCCCACCAGUCCAAGGCCAUCGACACCGCUUUCUCCAGCGUCCGCAAGUCUGACACCCGCAUCACCAACGAAGCCCCUAAGCUGGCGUAUGCUUCCUACGCCGCUCCAGCUGUCCACACUUCCUAUGCUGCUCCAGUAGCCGUCGCCAAGCAGGUCAGCUAUGCUGCCCCAGCCAUCCAGACCUACGCUCACGCUGCUCCAGCUAUCCAGACCUACUCCCACGCUGCCCCAGCCUACCAGACCUACUCCCACGCUGCCCCAGCUUACCAGACCUACGCCCAUGCUGCUCCAGUUGCCGUUGCCAAGCAGGUCAGCUAUGCCGCCCCAGCCAUCCAGACCUACGCUCAUGCUGCUCCAGCUAUCCAGACCUAUGCUCACGCUCCAGUAGCCGUCGCCAAGCAGGUCAGCUAUGCUGCCCCAGCUAUCCAGACCUAUGCCCAUGCCGCCCCAGCUGUGGCCACCUAUGCCCAUGCCGCCCCAGUUGUUUCCGCUCACUCCACCAAGACCCUGACCUACUCCCCAGCUGUUGAGGUCGCCCAUGUCAGCUACGACGGAACUCAUGCCCAUUAUGGCUGGUAAAUCGUUCCACACUGAGUCACUAACCAACGCCCCAAAAUCCCCUUUGUAACAGAUCUUGUACACACCCCCAUUCCCCUCUCCCACUUCCCCAACGAAACGUCCUAUUUAUUAGACUGUUGUUUUGUAUAAGUAACUCGUCCCAGAAGAGUUGCCCUCAAAUGUUCCUUCCCUUCAAUGGGAAGGCAUUCGCCAUCCUGAGGGCAUUUCUCCGAUUGUAAAAAGAAUAAAAAAACAUUAGACAAAACCAAAA